AUGACAAAGCCAGAUGUUAAUUAUCAAAAUGAUGAAGAGAUUGCUAGUAGUGAUUCAAACGAUGAUAAAGAAUUUGAAAAAUCAUUACUACGAAAAAUGGAUUUGAGAAUUAUUCCUUUUUUAACUUUUUUAUACCUUUUAAGUUUCUUGGAUAGAGUUAAUAUUGGAAAUGCGAAACUAGCACAUCUUGAAGAGAGUCUUGGAUUAGUUAACGAUCAAUAUAAUUGGUGUCUUAGUAUUUUUUUCGUAGGAUAUAUCUUAUUUGAAAUUCCUUCGAAUUUAAUGCUUAUAAAGACAAGUCCAUCAAAGUGGAUUCCAUCCACGAUGGUAUUUUGGGGAAUUACAAUGUCACUCAUGACACUCGUAAAGAAUUAUCAUGGGUUAUUGUUAGCAAGAUUUUUCUUGGGAGUUUUCGAGUCUGGAUUAUAUCCAGCUGUUAUUUAUUAUAUUACAAUGUGGUACCAACGCUCAGAACAAAAUUUUCGUAUAGGAUUAUUUACGAUUGGGAGUAGUUUUGCUGGUUCAUUUAGUGGUUUGUUAGCAUACGGUAUCGUAAGAUUAGACGGAAAAUUAAACCUAAAAGGAUGGCAAUGGUUAUUUUUGAUCGAAGGAGGAAUUACAGUUUUGGUCGCCUUUUUUGCAUAUUUUUACAUUUCUGAUUAUCCUGAAAGUGCUAAAUGGCUUGACGAAAAAGAACGUAGGUUUGCUACUCAACGAUUAAUUCAAGAUGCUGGGAAAGCUCACGUAAUCCAUUUCGAUAAAACCCAACUUUUCGAAGCGUUUAAAGAUUGGAAAGUUUACGUGUCUAUGAUACAAAUUUUUGGACUUGCAACAACACUUUAUUCUUUUGCAAUGUUUCUCCCGUCUAUUGUAAAUGGAUUGGGAUUUGAUUUUGUCAUAUCACAGUUAUUAUCGGUACCACCAUUUUUAUGUGGUACUGCGUCAACAUUGUUUGUAGCCGUACUUUCGGAUCGUAAACGUAUUCGUGGUCCAUUUAUUGUUAUAUUAUCGCUUUUUGGGAUAGUUGGUUAUAUUUUAUUAAUUGUACCUUCAUCUGGUAUCACCGUAAAAUACAUUGGAGCUUGCGUUGUUGGAAUCGGUGCAAUUCCAUGUCUUGCAACUUCAGUUGCAUGGCUAACAAAUAAUGUGGCAGGUAACGGGAAAAGAAGUGUGGCGACGGCAAUGUUGGUAGCAUUUGCAAAUGUAGGAGGGAUAGUAGGAUCACAGAUCUAUCGACCAAACGAUGGUCCACAUUAUUUACAUGGUCAUUUAAUGGCUGCGAUAUUCUUAAUUGUCUCCAUUUUUUUUACCAUUGUACAAUAUUAUUGUUUAAAGAAAAUUAAUAAGAAAAAGCGAGAAGACCCGCAAUCGUUCUUGGACGGAAAGAGUGAAAAGGAAAUUGGUGCCAUGGGUGAUAAACACCCCGAUUUUAUUUAUAUUUUGUAA